AGGGAGUGCCUUAAUACUUUUGGAAAAGUGGGUGGCCCCGACAGGUGGAGAUCGACCCUGACUGGUGGAGAGUGGGGGGGGGGGGUCCACAUUUAUGAGGGAAGCCAAAUGAGGAAGAUGGACGUUUAUUUGUCUUUAGAACGCCCAAACUUGACGUUGGAGAAAGGAUGGCCAAAUGCUGCCUCCUAUCAUAGAGGAUGGAACCCUGGGAAGUGGAAUGCUCCAUGCUGUCAGAGAGUCUUAAGUAUGGCUUUCUCGGGCUUUCUUUUCCCUUUGUUCCAAGGAAAGUCUCACUGCCCAGGGUAAGACAGACAAUUUGUCUGAAUAUAUUUGUUAAUCAGUGUGAGCUAAAAGCAACAACUUUUGAUGACUGGCACCUUACAGACAUUAACAGUUGUUUUUAACUUUUUUUUUUCAAAGCAAACAGUGGAAGUCCUGGAUGGCUGCCAUGAAAAUUUUCCUCCUUGUGCCCCCAGGCCCUGAUGUUUAUAUUUUGAGUAUAUUUUAUUUUGGGUUAUUUUUGCUUGGCAGUUCCCCCCCCCCAUUUUAAUUUAGAAAAUUACUUUGGCACAAAUAUAAAAAGUAGUAUACACAUAAAUAUACAAAUACACAUUUAUAUUUACAGUCACCAAUAAGGUCAAAAGCAUAAAGAAUCUCCAGGUAACUAAAUAUUCACGGACAGUUCGUGGGGUUUUCUUGGCGAAGAUAAUGGAAGGGGUUUCCACGUCAUUCUCCAGUGUGACCCCAUUUUACAGAAGAAGAACCGAGAUGAACGAACUAAGUGACUUGCCCGGGAUCCCACAGCUAGUGAGGGCAGGAGGUCAUUUUGGAGCUUCACAUCCCUGUCCAAGCCUGGAGCGCUACCUACUGCCCCACGCACCUGCCCUUACAGUGACUUCGGGAAGGAGAAUGUUAUAAAGCACAGGCAGCAGCCUCGGUCGCAGAAAAUGGAGCACUAAGUGUGCACCCUUCUUCCUCCCCAGCCACGCCCCCCAAAGGAUGGAGAAGGCGGAGGUUCAGGAAAGGCGGCUAAUCCUUGCCUAGCUUUCCCUUACUUGUCGGCCCGACGGGGAAGGCAGAGGCCGCCCGGGGGGCGGGAGGACCACCAGGAGGGAGGGCGGGGUGGGGGUUCACGGGAACACCGCCCCCCCCGGGGUUAGGCCAGCGGGGUCAUCCCCGUGCCCCCCGGACCACCGGCACCGCGGGCGGGCAGUUUGACCCGAGCCGCGCUGGCGUCCCGGAGGGGCCGUCCCGAGAUUGCUGUGGGCCCGGGGAAGGUGGGAGUCAGGACGACCCUGCGACGCUGGGCACGUCACCGGGCCCCGGAGGGGCUCAGUUUCCUCCCCGACCCUGGCACACGUUAGGCGCUCUGCUCUCGUGCUCUUCUCGCCCUCGAUCCGGGCUCCCCCGGGCGGCCACGCCCAGUCAUCUCCUAGCCCGAAGAAGGCUCGCCCCCUCCGGGAGAUCCGGUGCAGGGGCAGCCUUCUCCGGCUGGGGCCGUUGGGGUCUCCCCGCCCCGCAAGCACCGAGGCAGGCUCCCGGGGUCAGGAAAGUGAGCGUGUCAGUAGGGAAGGGGGAGACGUGACUCCCCUGAAAGGGCGGGGACACGCGGGCCUCCCGGGUCCAGAACCGCCGGCCCCGCUACCGGAGGCAGCUGUGCCGGGCAUGAGCACACGGCGUCCCGGGCCUGCCUACUACAUUUCCCAGAAGGCGUGAAAUAUUCAAUCGGUGGUUACCAAGGAAAUCGGGGCGAGAGGGAGGCGGUCAGAAAGACUCUUUCCCUGAUUGGUCCAGAGGCCGUGACGGGCAGGACCAGAAGGACCGUGAGGAAGAGUAGCUAACGUCACUUCCGCUAAGUCCCCAUCCUCGGCGGCUCCGCCGUCAGCUCCGUUCCUUCGGGCCCCGCCGUUCUGGGCUUCUGAAUUCCUCGGUACGCUCGCAACCGUCUCGGCUGCACUCCGACCUCAGCCGCCAUCACCGCCGGGGCUGCAGCCCUGCGUCCGCCCUGGGCUGGACUCUGCCCUCUGACCAAGAGCCCUUCCUCAAGAAGCAACGACUCUUAAGGGGAAAGGAAUGGCCCCUGUCUACCUGACCGCCCAGACGCAGCAGGUGCCAGUGACCUUCAAGGAUGUGGCCGUGGACUUCACCCUGGAGGAGUGGGGGCACCUGGACCCCUUCCAGAAGGAGCUGUACCGGGACGUGAUGCUGGAGAACUUCAGGAACCUCGUCUGCCUGGGACUUACAGUGUCUAAGCCUGAGGUAAUCUGCCAGUUGGAGCAAGGAGAAGCCCCUUGGAUCCCAGAGGGAGAAAGCCCAAGAAACAGCUCUGCAGGCUGUACUUCGGACUUCCUGGACCUCAACACCGUACCCCAGCUGCAGUCUCUCCCUGAAAUCUCCCUCGGUGCCAAGGGCAUCCUCACUUUGGAAGACCCAUCAACCCCUCUGAGCUUCUCACAGUGGAACGUGCCUCCGCCAUGCCAAUCCCCUCCUCCCAUUGAUUGGGAGACAAAUCAUGAAACCAAGGAGUCAGUUCAGGAGCUGGAUAUUUCAAUGGAAGAAUCAUCUCAAGAAAAACUCACAAAGGAUGGUUCUUGUUUCUUGAAGUUACAAGAAGCUUGGGAUUGUGUUGGCAGUUUAAAGAGAAAGCAGAACAAUGAGGUGAAACAUUCUCAGCAAGUGAAAAUUUCCCCAAAGAAGCAUUCUAAUAAAUUGAGAUGGCAUGAAUAUAACUACUGCAGAAAUUUCAACCUAGGACCAGUAGGCUUCUCUCAAACAAGAGUAGGAAAGAGUCCCAGUAAUUGUUUUACACAAGGAAAGAGCUUCAGAGUGUGUUCAGACUUAAGAAUACGUAAUACAGCUUGUUCAAAUAAAAUAUUUUGUAAGUUUAAUGAAGGUGAAGAGAAACUUUGUGAAUAUAAUGAAUAUUGGAAGGCCUUUAGGAACAGAUCAGAACUUACUCAAUAUCAGACAAUGCAUAUUGGAGAGAAAUCUUACAAAUGUAGUGAAUGUGAGAAAGCUUUUAGGUACAGAUCAGAGCUUUCUCAACAUCAGACAAUUCAUACUGGUGAAAAACCUUAUCAAUGUAAUGUGUGUGGAAAGGCCUUCCGUCUGAAAGCACAGCUGAAGCAACAUCAAAAAAUUCAUACUGGUGAAAGGCCUUUUAAAUGUGACGAAUGUGGAAAAGCCUUCAUUCAAAGCCAAAAUCUCAAACAACACUAUCGAAUUCACACUGGAGAAAAACCUUUUGAAUGUAAUGAAUGUGGAAAGGCCUUCACCCAGAGGAUAGGACUUAUUCAACAUCAGAGAAUCCAUAGUGGUGAAAAACCUUAUGAAUGUAAUCAAUGUGGGAAGGCUUUCCGCCUGAGAGGAAAACUCAGCCAACAUCAGACGAUUCAUACUGGUGAAAAACCUUUUAAAUGUGAGGAAUGUGGGAAAGCUUUCAUACAAAGCCAAAAUCUCAAACAACAUUAUAGAACUCACACUGGAGAGAAGCCUUACGAAUGUAAUCAAUGUGAGAAGACAUUCAGCCGAAGAAUAGGGCUUUAUCAGCAUCAGAAAAUUCAUGGAAGUGAGGCAUGUUAUAAAUGUAAUGAAUGUGGGAAGAUGUUUAGGUACUUGACAGAACUAACUUAUCAUCAAAAAAGUCAUGCUGAAAAGAAACCUUAUGAAUAUAGUGGAUGUGGACAGGCCUUCAGUGAGAGAAAACAAUUUAUUUCACACUAUCCAGUUAAUAAUGGAGACAAGCCCUAUGAAUGUAAUGAAUGUGGAAAGGCCUUUGGCCAAAAGAAGGAACUUAAUCGACAUUAUACAAUUCAUACUGGAGAGAAACCAUAUGAGUGUAAUGAAUGUGGGAAGGCCUUCCGCCAAAGAAUGGGACUUACUCGACAUCAGACGAUUCAUACAGGUGAGAAGCCUUAUGAGUGUAAUGAAUGUGGGAAGGCGUUCAGUCAGAAGAUCGGACUUAGUCGACAUCAGACCGUUCAUACUGGUGAGAAACCAUAUAAAUGUGGUGAAUGUGGGAAAGCCUUCCGCCUGAGUGCAUUGCUUACUGCUCAUAAGAAUAUUCAUACAGGUGAGAAGCCUUAUGAAUGUAAUGAAUGUGGGAAAGCUUUUCGACUGAGAGCGUUGCUUACUACCCAUAAGAAUAUUCAUACAGGUGAGAAACCAUAUGAAUGUAACGAAUGUGGGAAAUUCUUCCGAUUGAGAGCGCUGCUUACUGCACAUAAGAAUAUUCAUACUGGAGAGAAACCAUUUGAAUGUAAUGAAUGUGGGAAGACCUUCCGUCAGAAGACGGGACUGACACAACAUCAGACAAUUCACACUGGAGAGAAGCCCUAUGAAUGUAAUAGGUGUGGGAAGGCCUUCCGCCAGAGAAUAGGACUUACUCAACAUCAGACAAUUCAUACUGGUGAAAAGCCUUAUGGAUGUAACGAAUGUGGGAAGGCCUUCCGCUUGAGAGCAGAGCUUACACAGCAUCAGACAAUUCAUACUGGUGAGAAACCUUAUGAAUGUAAUGAAUGUGGAAAGACAUUCCGCCAAAAGGCAGGACUUACUCAACACCAGAGAAUUCAUACUGGAGAGAAACCGUAUAAAUGUAGUGAAUGUGGGAAGGCCUUCAGCAGGCGGGUAGCCCUUACACAACAUCAGACAGUUCAUACAGGUGAAAAACCUUAUGAAUGUAAUGAAUGUGGGAAAGCCUUCAGUCAGAGGAUAGCCCUGUCUAAACAUCAGACAAUUCAUACUGGUGAGAAACCUUAUGAAUGCAGUGAAUGUGGAAAGUCCUUCCGCCUCAGAGCACAGCUUACCCAACAUCAGAGAAUUCAUGCUGGUGAGAAACUUUAUGGAUAUAGUGAUUGAGGAAAGGUGUUAUUUCCAAAGUAAAUAACUUUAACUAUUUAUGCUGUUGGUGGGGAUGGUAUCAGUUGACUCAUUCAUCCUACCUCACCUUGCUAAAAAUAUUAAUAUAAUUCUCCAGUCUUGAUAGUUUCAUUAGUUGAGAACUGCUCUGUUGAAUCAAUCUGGCAUUAAACUAGUUGCCAAAAGUCCUUAAUCAGUUUGGAAGGAAUGAAAUUCAUUGGAUGAAGUGACUUGAUGUUUAUUAAAUGGGAAGUUUAUUGGCACUGCCUAAAUAAAUUCAGUCAUGAACUUGAAUAAAAUAGCAAGCCAAUUCUGAAUCUGGAUUAUUAAGUUUUAGAACAUUUUAUUGAGGGAAGCUGCUUUGGCCAAGACCCUGAGAUAACUCCAAUGUGAGGAGACAGCUUCUAUUUCCUUUUUCCCUCCCUAUUAACCAGAAAAAAGGCCUCAUGAACUUCCAAAAGGUCAGAAGAUGUGUGACUUUUCACCUUUGCCCUAACAAGAUUCCUGGAAAAGCAGUCAUUAACAGCGAUAUCUGCGUGGGGAGACAAAUCUUAAAGUAGAUACAUUUAAAAAAAGAUGUCUUCAGGGCUCCACAGGAAGCCUAAGGGGAACUUCAUUAGGACACUGUAAAGGGUAGGGAAGGAUUUCUAGCAAACAGGAGCUAUAAGUUACUGCUUUGCCACAUGGUAUGUGUUUUUUAAGCUUGAGCCCACCUUCCCCUGAAGUCUGCUUUUGUGGGAAAGUGUGUCCUCAGUUUGGGGGAGUAUUUUACACCAACUGUUCUUAAGGUACCACUUUAGUAAAUAGACCUUUCUGAAAGCUAAGUAUGGCUAGCUAAUUUAUAUCACCUAUUUUAGUCAAUAGUCAUGGUAGAAAACCAGUGGAGGCUCAUGAACAAUAGUACUGGAAUGUCUCAGACCUUCACCAUUUUCCUUGUAACCCUUGAGUUAAGAAGUAGCCAGCUGCCCUUUGGGGACUCAAUCUGCUAGUACAAAAUGACAGUUAUUAUGCCAUGAUUGUUAAAGGAAAAAGUGGUAUACAAUGAAUGUGGAAAGCUCUUCAGGGCACAAAGCUUACUGAAAAUCAGUUAAUUGUAUUGGAGAAAAGCAUAAUGAAUAUAACAGAUUUUCAAUCAGAGUUAUGGUCCUUUAUUGAAAAUUAGAGACUUGAAAUUUUAAAUGAAGGAAAUUUAUGUCUGCUUUUACUCAGUAAAUAAUCCAAACAAUUUCCCCUUCCGUGCUCCUUUCACUUCCACCAUUCAUUUGUAAUGCAAAUACUAUUUAUUUAAAUACUUAAUUUGAGGAAAUUGAAGCAAUAAAGCAGCUGUUCACUUUCUAAAUGCCACCCAGAAAAAAUUGACAGUUCUCAUCUUUCUGAUCAGUAGAGUUGUUAACCUAACUCCUUGAAAACGAUCAUUGCUCUUCUUGUGCCUUUAUUCCAGUCUCCUCCUUCCCCCUCCAGCAAUCAUCUUCUAUCUUUAAUAAAUCAUCAAUCUAUUCCUCUCAGUUAGCUUUUUGUCAUUUCCCUCAGUUGAUUAAAUACUCUCUUUCUACUUAACCAGGUUCACAGCCUUGGAAUCUUAUUCAGUGUCUCCCUUCUUUAUCCCAUAUUUCAUCAGUUGCUGUGUCUUGUGGAUCUUACCUCUAUAUUAUCUCUCAUAUCCAUAUCCUACAACAUUGCUAGCCUAGUAAACAGGAUUUCCAUCAUAUUUCCUGGACUAUUACAGCAAACUUUUAGUUUGAUUUCUCUUUUCUACUCUACAACUUAUUCUCCCUGAAGUUAUUAAAAUUAACAGAACUGAUCAUGUUACUUUCUUACUUUAAAACUCUUAACAUUUUCUUAUUACUUCAAGAAUAAAACACAAAUUUGACAAUUUAGCAUUUAAAAAAAUCCCAACUCUUUCAGGCUACCUUUAUAUUUUCCCCAUCAUGAACUUCAGACUCAAAUCCAUCUCCUUGAAGUACCCUGAAUUUGAUGUUAAUAUCCUCUGCAUCAGUUCUUUUGCAUAGUCUCAUAGCCAUGUCUUGACUCUUCUUCUUUGUUUCAGUUGUUUCAUAUGCCACCCCUUAAGGUAAGAGGUUCUUAACUUUUUUGGUGAAAUGGAUUGGUUUAAAAGUGAUGAAUCUCAUGGGACCCUCCUUAGAAUAAUGUUUUUUUAAAUACAUAAAAUAAAACAUAAGGAAAUAAAAUUAUAUUGAAAUAAGAUGCAUUUUUUCCCCUCACCAAAAUUCAUGGAUCCCUUGAAAUUUAUAUAUGGAAGGCCCCUAUAUUAAGAACCCCUGAUCCAGAGGAUCUGAAUUGUAUAUCUUCUAAAACCUUCAUUUAUUAAUGUAUAUAAAUGUAUAGAAUAUAAAGUCCUUAAGGGCUUUGAAUUCUGUCUUUACAUUAUCAGUACCUAGCCCUAGUGUCUGGCUCAAAAGAGAUACUUAGUAAAUAUCUACUGAAUGGCAUAGAUUCCUUGAAGUAUUGAAGUAUGACUUCUCACUUUCACCUUUGUGUCUUCCACAUUUACCCUUCCCACACGUCCCCCUCCCAUUUUCAUAUAUAACAAGGCUCCCAGAGUUACUGAUUGACCCAGUCAGUGUACUUGUAUGACUUUGUCCAUCAGUAUUCAGUUGAACAUGAAUAAAAGUGAGUCACAUCAUGAAUUUCACUUCCAUUUGGCAAGUCACAGGUAGCGAUUAAACGAGGGCAAAGGAUUCAUUUUUAGACAUUUCUAGAGGACACUAGAACUGAAAUUUGGCGUCAAAACUGUGAAGGUAGGAAAAUGAGAUGAUCAGGGAGAGUAGAAUACCUUGGUCACAAUGAUGAUGAAGAACAAAGUUAGGCGGAACGAAGCAAACAAAAUGAACUAGAGUUCUUCACAAAGUAUGAACAUUGGGAAUUCACUGAAAAUUGAAAUGAAAUCCAUGAGUGGAAGCUGGCUCUGUACUGGAUACUUGAGAGAAACGAAGGUAAAAUGCUUGACUUUCUAACUCUGUAUUAAGAAAUUGUACAUAUGAGGAAAUCCAGAAACCAGAAAAGAGAAGCAUAGUGGAGAACAUUCUGGCGAAGGGCAUUUGACAACCAGUCAUUGCAUCAUUGAAGUCAACAUUUGGACAGAACGAGGAUAUUAAUGGAGAACUUAAAUUAUCCAGCCAUAUACUGGAACUCUCUGUCAAAGUAGAGUAAAUUAUAAUUUUGCAAUUUACCUUAAUAAUAAUUUAACUUGCCUUAGGUGGAUAAGAAAUGACAAAUGAUUCCAGUGCCUUUGCCAAGAAAAACCCAAAUGGGGUCAUGAGGAGAUGGAUAAGACUGAAAAAUGACUCAACAACAAUUAGUGGGGAAAUUGGUGAGGGGAAUACUGAUGAUCUGAUUCUAAUGGGAAAGCACAGAUUGUUUCAAAUAGAUGUGAUGAGAACUUUGUGGCAAGGUCACCAUUGUUACUUAGAGUUUAUGAUAGAACACUGGUAUCAAACUCAGAAAAGGAAGUCACUAACUCAUACAGAAGGAUCUCUAUGGGCCUCAUAUUAACUUAGAAUAACACUUUAAUAUUAUUUGUGUUCUAUUGUGUUUCUAUUUUGUUAAAUAUUUCCCAAUACCAUUUUAAAUUGGUUCUGGAGACUUUCUAUUUGAUAUCUCUGAGAGAAUGAGAGGAAAGUCAGUUAGCAAAGACUUGCUAUAUACUAGGCACUGUACUAAGUGCUGGGAAUAAAAAGAAAGGCAAAAAGCAGUUCCUGCUUUCAAGGAGCUCAGAGUCUAAUGGAGAAAACAUGCAAAUAAUAAGAGAUAGUGGGUAUGAAUUGAAGAAAAUCAAUAAAAGGAAGGCAUUUAGUGUUAAGGUUAGGGAAAUUGGGAACAGUUUCUAUGUCAAGUGUGAAUGCUAACUGCAGUGAAAAGAUUAUGAAGGGCCAAGUGAAAUAAAACAAAAUUUAAUAGUGAUAAAUAUAAGGUUCUACACUUUGGUUUUUUAAAAACUGACAGAUGUAAGAUGGGAAGACAUAAGGAAGUUUCUUUAAAGAGGCACACCUAGAUUGCUUUAAUUAAAUCUUUUUUUCAAUUCCAAAUUACUUUUUCUCUCCACUUACUAAGAAGUAAGAAGAACAAAGCUUGUAUUUCAGUCACGCAAAACUAAAUUUUUCCAUAGCUAUGUCCAAAAGAAAGAAAAGAAAAUUGACACUCUGAAGCCAUCACUUUUCUCUCUGGAGAUAGAUAAUCAUGUUUUGUCAUGAAUCCUUUGGCAUUGCAAUUGGUGAUGUUGAUCAGAAUUCCUAAGGCUUUCAGAGUUGAUUGCUUUUGCAAAACAGUUUUUAGUUUUUAAGUUGUUCUUUUAGCUCUGCUCAUUUCAUUUUUAUCAGUUCGUAUAAGUCUUCUUAGGUUUUUCUAAAAACCGUCCCCUUUUCGAGGGAUUUCUUGUAAAUAACAUUAUUGAAUUGGAUUUUUGAUCUAUCUGCUAUCUUUCAUUUUAUGAGUGAGUUCACAUUCACCAUUAUGGUUACUAAGUUUAUUUCCCUCCAUCCUUCUGUAUACUUUAACUUCUAUAUACUUUAACUUCUCUCUUACUUUUUUUUUGGUCCUCUCUUUAAGACACUGUUUUGCUUUUGACUAGUGUUUGCUUUAUUCUACCCCCCUCUUGUUUUCUUUCCCUUCCCUUUAAAUCCUUUCCUUUCUUCUUUGUUGGUUAAGAUAAAUUUCUGUACACAUGUUGUGUGUUCAUACCUCCUCUAUUCAGUACAGAUGAGAGAUUCAUGUGUUACCUGUUCUCUCACUCCAUUGUAAAACCUUGUACACCUCAUUAAUGUGAGGUGAUUCCCUCCAUUCUUCCUCCCUCUUACAGUUCCAUUUCCCCUUUCCCUAUCCUUCCAUUCUUUUUUUGAGAUCAUCCAAACACAAUGGAAUCCCAAUCUGGCCCUCUUUUCUAAUUAGAUUACCUUUAAUAUCCUGUGAUGACAAAGUUCUAAGUGAUUACACAUAUCAUUUCCCAAAAAAAUAUAAAGCUUAACUUUGUAUUAUAGUACCUUCUCACUCAUGUUCACUUUUUUUGUACUUCUCUCAACUUCUGUAUUUCUAUUCCAGAUUGUCUACAGCUCUGGUCUUUUUAUCAGGAAUGCUUAGCAGUCCUUUAUAUCAUUAAAGAUCCAUUUUUUCUCACCUGUAGAAUUAUAUUGUUUUUCUGGGUAGGUUAUUCUUCGUUGUAAGUAAACUUAGAUUCUUUGCCUUCUGAAAUAUCUAUUUCAAGUUAAAGAAAUAGUAUAUUUAAAGUGGUGGCUGUUAAAUCUUGUUUAGUCUAGACUGUGACUCCUCAGUACAAGAUUUGAAUUGUUUCUGGCUACUUGCAGUAUUUUUGCCUUGACCUGGGAGCUUUGGAUUUUGGCUGUAAUAUUCCUGGUAUUUUGAUUUGGGGGUUCUUUCAGUAAAUGACUGGUAGAUUCUUUGUCCUUUGGUUUUUUGCCUUUAUCUAACUGAUUAAUUCUUAGAUAUUUCAACAGUUUUCUUGUAUGAUUUCUUAAGUAUGUUUGAGCUCUUUUUUUAUUCAUGAUUUUCUAGUAUUCCACUGAUUUUUAAACUUUAUUUCCUCAAUCUGUUUUCUAAGUCUUUUUUAAAAUAAUGACGACAAUACUAAAAGUAGUAGUAAUAAGUAGCAUUUAUAUAGUACCAGGCAUUGUGCUAAAUGCUUUACAACUAUUUCAUUUUAUGCCUACAACAGUCUUUGGAGAUAUAAUCUUAGUAUUUUCAUUUUAUAGUUGGGGAAGGGGUAGCUCGGGGUACCCUUGGAUAGAAUCCAGAAGACCUGAGUUCAAGGGGCCUCAGAGACUUAAUAGCUUUGUGACCCUGGGCAAGUCACAACCCUGUUUCCCUCAGUUUGCCUCAGAGAAGCUGAAGAAAGAAUUGGAAAACCAUUCUGGUACCUUUGCCAAAAAAAAUGGAGUCAUGAAGAGUUGGUCACAAGUGACACAACCAAGCAAUAAUAAUAAUAAGUUGAGGAAACUUGAGUCAAACAGAACUUAAGUGACUUGCCCAGCUAAACACAUCCGUUCAGAAUCAGGAUUUGAACUCAGGUCUUACUCUCUCUAGAUGCAGGGUUUUUAUCCACUGUGCCAUCUAGCUGCCUUUCUCCUGUGAUAUAUUUCAUAUUUUCUUUUAUUUUCAGACUUUUAAAUCUGUUUUAUUAUUUCUUUAUUAGUUUCCAUUUGGUUUAUUCGAAUUUUGAAGAAGCUACUUCAGUAAGCAUUUGUAUAUUUUUUUCCAAGUUGAUAAUUAUAAUAUAUAUAUUUAUAACGAUAAUAACUAAUAGUCUUUUUGUAUUUUCUAUAGCUUUCAUUUAGUUUUUAAAAGUAGUUUUUAGCUCUUUAAAAAAAAAACUCUUCUAAGAAUUCUUGUUGAGCUUCUGUUCAAGCUUCAUUUUCCUUUGAGGUUUUACUUGUAGGUGCUUUGAGUCUUUUGUGUAUCUUGAUCUUUGUCGCCAUUAGUGGGAUUCUGGGCUUGUUCUUGCAGCCUGUUACUUGAUUUUGCCUUUUGUUUGUGUGGUGCUCUGCCCCCUGGUGUGGAGCUGGUAGCCUGAGCCGCUCUCCUCCUCUCCUGCUUCUUUGCCAGCUCGGUCUGGAGGCCUCGAGGUUCUGGCUCAGGUUUGGGUUAGUGGGGCCCCGGCCUCCGGGAGACUGCAGGCCGAGAGGUGUGGGUGGCUCCGGUCACUCUAGGGCUUGGGUGCUGGCCUGGGCCCCUGUUGCUCUCCUCUUGGGGCCAGAGCUGCCCAGCUGUAUUUGUGGACCUUGUUCCUUGUGCAGGACACAUGAAUGGCCAGGAAGGAGUGGCGGGGGACAGACAGAGCCUGGCGAUGACACUUGUUCCUGCCCUCACCCCGGAUCUCGUUCCGUUUGUGGGCUUCUGGCCAGACCCCCUGCCCACCAUCUGUGCCCCUCUGUCUCCCUAGGCUGACCUGGUGGGAGAAAAUGGCUGGCUUUGCCUUGGUGUUCCUGACCAAAAUUUGGGUAACUUUAGAUUGUUGUGGAGAAGGGAGAGUGGCAGGGGAGGCUCUCCACAGGAGAGUCAUAGAAGUAACCCCAGGGGUAGUGGGUGUGCAGAGCAGAACAUCCUGCGUCGUGGGAGUGGGGAGUCUCCAGGAGGAGACCCCACUAAUGGGCCAGUGGUAGCUUAGUUAGAGCCGAGGCACUGCUGGGGGAAGAAGGGGUCUUCCACUCUGCCCCCAACAAGGAAAACUGUGAUUUCGGAAGGUUGGGAUGCUGGCGUGGCAGAGGUUGGGGUGGCAGCUCAGCCAAGGCCUGGUUGGCACAGGGAGGGCCCUCAGAGCCCGGGAGAGGGGCACAGGGCACAGCUCCAGGGAAUGUGAGGAUGGAGACUCAGGAGGAGCUGUUUGAUGUUGGUCAGCAUUCACCACACCACUUGAAAUGUUAAAAGAACUGUAGAUUCCUGCCUUGGGACCCUCACUGCCCUGAUGCUUAAAAUUCUGAGCAUAAAUUCACAGACUCCUGUUCUAAAGAGUCCUAUCCAUGCUUCCCGUUCAGUCCUAGCCAUCUUAUCUGUCCACUCCCACCAUCCUCAGCUUGCCACACAUCUGACCAUAAUGGCCGGUUUCUGCUGUAAAAGAAAUAUUGCCCAGCUCCUGUAGCUCCGCUCCCCACCUCGUGGGAUUUUGGAGAUCAGAAGGUCCCUUCCUUGCCCCCUUUCCUCAGUGUGUCUUGUGUGUUCUCGAGCACAGUGCUGGGCACAAGGACUUGUUCGUUAAUUCAGUUAGGAGAAGGAAGCAAGGAGCGGUAACAAGAUGAGGGCAAAGUCGCAGACAAUCGGAAUCUUCUCAGAAGCCCUAAAACUCGACGUAAUGGGACUGGUGGGGGCAGCUGAAGACAAUGAGCUUGUUUUUGUCAUGGGGGAAAUUGGGUCAGAAAAGUCCUAGGACUGCACUGCUGCUCGGAGUGGAUGGGGCAGGGGGCAUCUGGAACAGACCAGCUAUAAAUGGCCAAUAGUCACUUGAUGCACGAGUUACCAGGUUUAAAAGGGGGUAGAGGAAUAUCGCGUAGCUGAUAAAAUUGUCACUGAGUCAAGGCUUAAACUAUUCAAUAAACCAGAGACUUGAGAAUAAAUUUGGAAAAUGCUUGGAUAAACUAGGGAGAUGGACAGGAAGAUGUGCAGACUUCCUCAGGGAAUUUGGUCACACUCUGGACUGUCCCCCAAAUGUCGAGCCUGCUCAGGCCUGAAACAGUGCAAGCAGAGAGGAGGGUCCACUUGGACCCGAUCUCUAACAAGGAGCCAUUCGGGCUAGGAAGGUGGGUUCGUCCCCCUCCUCAUCAGCAUCCUUGCAGCCUCUGCUGCAGAGAGAGCCCUUGAGACAACUCUGCCCUCGUCCUGGGAAGCAUCGGCUGUGGUCUGUGUGCUCUCAGAACUGGAGUCCAUUUCCACUGGACUUGGUCUAUAAUUGUGGGACAAGGCAACACACUUUGAAAAGAAGGUUUUGUACCAACUUUUUAUUGGAGCACUAAAGUAAAUGUGUUUCUAAAAUCCAAGUCUGGAUGUCUAACGCAAUCAACUGAUAGUCAAGUCAAGAAGAGUAUCUGUUGUUGAGCUAUUUCCAAGCAUACAGUGACAUCCCAAACUUUCAGGGUCUUAGAGAGCCCUGAGGGAGAAUAGCAAACACUCUCUGGGGCCCUAACUCACUUCCGAGCACAAGCUGUGGCAAGACUAAAAAUAUUCAACAUGCUGACCACUAGUCAAAGUGGUGUUUUGGGUUUUUUAUGAAGUUAAGUGACGUCCAGGCAGUUGAGGGUAACAGGUAAGUCUAAAGGAUUGCUUCCAUUCUAGUCUCCUUUGUGAAAUUCUCAAGGACAGUCAAAGGUUUGAAGAGAGCAUCAGGCCUGGAGUAAAGAAGAGUAGUUCAAAUGCAGUCAGACAUUUAUUAGUAGUGUGACCCCAGUGGGCAAGUCACUAAAACUGAGACAAAUCUCAGUUUGUCCAUCUGCAAAACGGGGAUAAUAACACCUACCUCCCAGGGGGGUUGUGAAGAUCAAAUGAUCUCAUGUGCUUAUUAAGCGCAGUGUUUGGCACAUAGUAUUAUAUAAAUGUUAACUUAUUAUCUCUUAUCCAAAUGAUUAUUUGUUAACCUGUUAUAUGUUGUGUAAUUUCUGCCAUUUUAUUACAUAAUCUGAUCAGGAAAUCCAGGCUCUGUAAGGGUAACUUUUCUAUAAUUUCUAGUGAUGUAAUCUCGAAUCAGUAUCGUAAACCCUUUGUUGCCAGAAAAUUAUUAUAAUAAUAAAAGGUAGCAUUUUAAGAUUUGCCAAGUACUAUGUGUGUUAUGUCAUUCAAUCUUUAUGAGAAUCCUGGGAGAUAGGUGCUGUGAUUAGUCCCAUGUUACGGAUAAGAAAACUGAAGUGAUAGAUUACAAAUGACUUGCCCAGUGUCCCACAGUUAUGUAAGUGCAUGACUCGUCCAUUUGUUUGAUGUUUUCUUGUCAUCAUAUUGUUGGUUAUAUUCAUGUGGUUAUUAUUUGCACUUUUGCAAUAAAUGUUUUCCAGUCCUUAAUGCUAGUUAGUGCUUUCCUUCUGAGAUAAUUCAAAGUGAUCUUGUAUGGAUCUUGCUUGUCCAUAGAGACUUGGAUGUUGCCUUUUCCUUUGUGAGCUUCUUGAAAGCAGGGUCAGUUUUUGCCAUUCUUUGUAUCCCUAGCACUUAUCCCAGUGCCUGGCACCCAGUGGGCAUUGAAUACUUACUGAUUUGACUUUUGAUGAUUACUGAUGACUUUUGAGUGACAAAAAUAAAUCUGCAUUAAUAAAUAUAUCAUUAAUAAAUAAAUCAGCCAGUUAGUGCUACUUUGACAACAUUGUUCAAUAGAAAUAAAAGAAACUUAUGUGUUUCGGAAAUUUUUACCCAAUAUCUUCUAACACAACUGAUAGUUGAAAUGAUAAAUACAUGCAAAAAAUAAAAAAUAACAUAAGUAGAUAUUUUCCAAAUAAUUAAAUCCCAUAAAAAGAAACUGAACACGUCAUAAGUAAACUCCCAAAGGAAAAAAUUACAGAAUCCAAGACUUAAAAGUGAAUUCUAUCAAGCAUUAAGAAAACAAGUAACUCCAAUGUUAUAUAAACAAUUUAAGAAAAGAGAAACUUUCAGAUCUCUUUUGUAAUACAAAUAUAGGUUUGAUGUGUAAGCCAAGGAGAAAUAGAAUAGAAUAAGAAAACUACAGACCCAUACUGCUAAGGAAAAGUGACAUUAAUAUUAUAAAAUGUUAAAUAAAAUAUUUACAAAUAGAAUACCACAGCAUAUGUGCUACUAUGGUUUGAUAAUAAAACCUAAUAGUUAUAUUAAUAAAAAUAAAAGCCAUAGGGAUAGGAGCUUAAAAUGACAUAAUCUGACAUCAGUUUCUUUAAAAAACAAACUAGGAAGCAUGAAAAUAAAAGGAAUUUUCCUUCAUAUGGUAAGUCAUAUCUAUCUAAAACCAAGAGCAAACAUUUUAGGUACUGGAGAAAAGUUAAAAGCCUUUCCAGUAUGAUCAGAAAUAAGGCAAGGAUGUUGACUGUCUUUCCAUGCUAUGUUAGGGAAAUGCUUGUUUUAUUCCAUAAAUUAAAAAUAAAAUAAAUUUUAAGGAAAAAAAUAGUCUCCACGGUCACCACAUCUAUUUGAUAUGGUACUAAAAAUGCUAAAUGUAACAAGAAUAAAUUGAAAGCUAUGAAUAGGCAAAGAUGAAAUCACUUUCUGCACAUUUGUGAACUCUAAAAAGUUAAAUAAAAAUUAAUUGAACUAAUCAAAUUUAGCACAGUUGCAGGAUAUAAAAUAAGUUCAUAUAUAUCAUCAGCAUAUUUAUCAAUAAAAACCCUGCAACAAGAAGUAGAAAAAUAACAUUUAAAAUAACUACAAAAUAUUUUGGAGUCUAUCCACCCAAACAUACCCAGAAACUAUAUGUAUGUGUCUACAAAAUGUUUACAAAAAUAAAGCUGGGUUUAAAUAGAGAAAUUGUUUUUUCUUUGAUAGAUUUGCCAAUAUGGUUAAAAAAAAAAAAUGACAAAGCUACCUAAAUUGAUUUAGCUAUUCAAUGACCAAGCAACCAAAGGAUUAAUUUUUUAUAAUGUCCAAGGAAUAUGAAGAGUUAAAAAUUUCAAGGGAAAAACUGGGAAAGAAGGGACCAGUAUCAGUUCUCAAAUUAAUACUACAAUGUAGUUAUCUUAAAUCAAUUUAGCAGAGGUAUGAACACAUUAGGUACACAAAAGUAUCCAAGGUUCACAAUGGGACAGAAACUACUGGGGAAACUGGAAAGCUGUCUGAAAAGAAAUUAGUAUAGACCGAUACCUCACAUGUACCAGGAUAAGCUCUACAUGGAUAAAUGAAGAAAUGGAACUUUUGGAUCUAUGGAUAAGGGAAGGAUUCUUGCUCAAACAAGGGAUAGAGAAGACGAAAGAUAAAAUGGGCAGUUGUUAUAUAAAGUUAAGAGCUUUAUAAAAUCAGUUCACUUCAAAUUGAGAGUGAAACAGGAACCAGAAAAAUGUUUUCUACGAGUUUCUUUAAUAUAGAUCUCAUACCUGCUAAAUACCCAGUUCUCAUUUACCAAAACACAAGCUACCCUUCAAUAGACAAAUAGUAAAAGAAUAUAAAUUUUCAAAGGAAACCAAAGCUAUCAAUGAAUAUAAGAAAAAUUGCUCCACGUAACUAAUAAUUGGAGAGAACAAUUUUGAUAUUCUACCCCACAGCCAUCAGAAAAGCAAAGAUGACAAAGAAAAAUGAGAUGUUGGAGGAAAUAUGGGAAAAGUGUGUGAGAAUGGGACUCUGGAUUAAUUCAGCCAUUCUGGAAAACAAUUAGAAACUAGUCCCCCAAAGUCUAUGUAUACAUGCCUUUUGACCCAGCAAUGUUCUAGGCCUAAACAGAGUAAUCAUAGAAUGAGGAAAAGGACUCAUAAAAAUGUAUAAAAGCUCUUUGCGUAAUAGCAAAAAACUGGAAUUUGAAAGUGACCAUUUAUGAAGACAUAUACACAUUAUGGUAAAUAGGAUACUAUUGUGCUUUAAGAAAUGAUAAAAUGCAUGGUUUUAGAGAAAAGAGGCUUAUAUCACAUGAUGCUGAGUAGAGUGAGCAGGACCAGGAGAACAAUUUAUACAGACAUAACUUUGAAAGACCUAAGAACUGUGAUCGAUGAAGCAACCAGCCUCCACGGAGACGGGGCCCAGCGGACUCCAGGCAGGAGGCCCCUUUUUCCAUGUGGUCAGUGGAAUAUGAAUAUUUGUCAUGGGUUUUUUUAUCUGCCAAGUAGGAAGAUUGGUAGGAGGAUAAAAUAAAUACUUGUUAAUUGAAAA